AUGGCAGAAACUGAAAAAAAAACAGUAAAUUUCACAUGCCAAGAAGUACUGGGUCUCAAGUCAUACACCCACAAGGAGUGGAGUUCAGCAGAAACUCUUCAGAAGAUCAAGGAAAGAAGAGAGAAGAAAGCAGGCAUGAACAACAAGAGGCCAGUAAAGGACAAAAAUGGUGACUUGAUAACAGACGAAGAAGGACAAAAGAAGAGACUGGUCGAUCAUUUCCAAGAGCUUCUUUACAGACCUACUCCUGUCAACCCACCAAAGAUACCGCCAGAUGUUGAACUAGAGGAGCAAAAAAGAACUAAAGAAAACUUUAGGAAGAGAAUGCGUGAAGUAAAGGAACUGGAUAUAACAGCUGACAAUCUGGUCAAGUCUCUAGAAAGUUCAUUGAAAGAAAAAGAGCAUGAGGUGAAACAGGAGCAGCAGAGAAACAGAGAGCUGGAUGCCAAAUUUAAGAAUCUACUCCAGGAGAAAGAAAGUAUUGAAGCUCAAUUAAAAGUCUUCAAGAAGAGAAAAAAAAACCUCAAAGAUGAACUUGCUGCUCUUGAGGAGCUAAAUGCCCAACUAGUGGAAGAAAGUAGUCGUAUUAUUGAUCACACAAAUACCAACCAGAAAAUUCAGCUGUGUGACAAGAAAAAUCAAGAAAACAAUGAGCCAACAAAGGUCAAAGAGCAAAACAAACAAUGUGAACAUUUGAGCGACUCUGACAGCACUGAAAUAGAUCUAGACGAUUCAAUUUUCCUGCAGGAAGACGUGGGAUGGCAGCCAAUAGACCAUGAACAACCAAGCAGCCAUUCCGUAAAAAAGGUUCAAGACCAGAAAAACAAGCGGUACUUAGAAAAAGCUCAAGAAGCAGUACUUAGAAAAAGCUCAAGGUUGUUGUCUAGGAGUGAAGAGAACUUGAGAAACACAAGCAAUGAAGUUAGUAACAUAAAGUCAAGGUUGAUAGAUUUGGAGCAUGAAAAAAUCAUGCUAGUGAAACAGCUGACACAAUUUAGAUCAAAAUACAACUACAUAACCAGACAGAAAGACAAAGAAAUCCAGAGACUCAAAAGUGAACUGGAGCUAUAA